UGCGCCAACGACGACAGUCUACUGGCAGCCGCAUCUUCUCUCCGCUGGUGGUACCAUGGCAUGACACUGGAUGUGUGGCCGAGAAGACAAGCGCUAGCGUUGGCCAGAUGCGCUUGCAUACAUGGUGUGUUGCCGACGGAUUAGUGGAAUGCUGCGGAUGGCAACGGUGGGUCGGUGUCGAAGAUGCGUCAGCCGCGACUGCGUCGACAAGAGCAUUGUGUCGAUCGCUUGCGCUGGGACGAAAGGCAUCGUAGAGUCCAGCACCCACGGCAAAAUGUCGGUGUUUGGGAUGACGAAGGGUCGGGUGCGUGCGUUUAUGCAUUGGGCUCCAUGUCUGCAAGGGAGUACAGGCGUCACUCACUCAUCGACCAAGCGCUACUGUGAAGAACGAUCAUGCGCGUCAGAGCCGUGCAAGGACAUGCACACGUCGAAUUCUAUCCAUCGCGGCAGUCGCUCUCACCUGACACGGCUACGACGACACUUGGGAGGAACACGAUCGAAUGGACGAAGGCGGCACGCAGUGUGCGACGAUGGGUGUAGCUCAGCAGGUGCAGGAGGAAUAUGCAUGGCUGAGCCAUGAAGGUCCUUCACACAACACGCCCCGUGCCAUUCGUAGAUGGUGCCUCAUCGCAAUGGCGUGUGCCACUUCGUCAUACGCCUGCGCAUGGUAACUUCACCCGACCUCCUCGAUGUUAGAACGAACGCGAUGUUUGAUUCGUUUU